AAACAAACAAACAAUCAUCUGAUAGCAAAUUUUUUUCUGUUUCUGUUUUUGCAAACAAACAAACAAACGAACGAAAAAUUUAAGAAAAUGUUCAAACUUAUUGUUUUAGUUGCUUUGGUUGCUUUGGUCCAUGGUUACGGCGGCGGUUAUGGUGGUGGCGGUGGUGGAUAUGGUGGUGGCGGAUAUGGUUCAAUUCCAUUAGCCGUACGAUCGUAUCAUAAUAUCCGAACCUAUGAUGUUCCAUCAUAUGGUUAUAGUAAACCAGUAUAUGUUGAUGUUGAUUCUAGUGCUAUUCCAAUCUAUAUGAAUUUCCGAUCAAAAUCAUCAUAUUUGAAAUUAAAUCAACAACAUGAAGGACAAAAAGGAUCAUAUCAAGAAUCAUAUUCACAAGAUGAACCACAUUAUUUGAAACAUACCGUUAAAAAACCAGUUUAUCAAGAAGUUAAUGAAGUUAUUACACCAUAUCGAAAAAUUAGACAAGAAAUUCGUCCAGUUCAAGAAGAAAUUGAAACAAUGGUUGCACGAAAAGCUUAUGGUGGUGGUGGCGGUGGUGGUUACGGUGGUGGUUAUGGUGGUGGUGGUGAAUAUCAUGGUUCUGGAUACGGAAUGGGUGGUGGUGGUUAUGGAGGUGGUGGCGGCGGCGGCGGUGGUUACGGUGGUGGCCCAAUUCCAUUAGCCGUACGAUCAAAUCAUAAUAUUCGUACUUAUGAUGUUCCAUCAUAUGGUUCAAGUAAACCAGUCUAUGUUAAUGUUGAUUCAAGUUCACCACCAAUAUAUAUGAAUUUCCGAUCAAAAUCAUCAAUGUUGAAUAUUAAUCAACAACAUGAAGGACAACAAGGAUCAUAUCAAGAAUCAUAUUCUGAAGAUGAACCACAUUAUUUGAAACAUACUGUUAAAAAACCAGUAUAUCAAGAAGUUAAUGAAGUUAUACAACCAUAUCGAAAAAUUACACAAGAAAUUCGACCAGUACAAGAAGAAAUUGAAACAAUGGUUGCACGACAAGCAUAUGGUGGUGGUGGUGGUGGUUACGGUGGUGGUAUGGGAGGUGGUUACGGUGGCGGUAUGGGUGGCGGUUACGGUGGUGGUGGUGAAUAUUAGAUUUGAAUCCAAAAGAAAAAAUGAAAAAAGAAACGAUUUUCCCGAAAUCCAAAAGGAUCAACAUAUCUUUCAAACAACAACGAAAAUAUAUUUAUUUUUAUUUAUUAAUCUCUUAUUUAUGACAUAAAGUUGUCCUGUGUUGCUAUCUCCAAUC